AUGACAUCGGUUACUGAAGAAGAGAUUUUAGCAUCAUAUCCACAAAUAACUGCACCAUCAGAUAUAACUGGUGUUACAUCUAAUUUAACACCAGAACAAAAAGAAAUAACGAUUGAAUUAAGAAAGGAAUUGGUUGCUUUAGGUUUUAAAGAUAGAUUAGAUGAUGCAUCAUUAUUAAGAUUUUUAAGAGCAAGAAAAUUUGAUCUUACAUUAGCAAAACAAAUGUUUAUUGAUUGUGAAAAUUGGAGAGAAAAAUUUGGUACAAAUACUAUUUUAAAAGAUUUUCAUUAUGAAGAAAAACCAAUUGUUGCUAAGAUGUAUCCUACAUACUACCAUAAGACUGAUAAAGAUGGUAGACCAGUUUAUUAUGAAGAAUUAGGAAAAGUUGAUUUAAUUAAAAUGUUAAAAGUUACUACAGAAGAAAGAAUGUUAAAAAAUUUAGUUUGGGAAUAUGAAUCAAUGUGUCAAUAUAGAUUACCUGCUUGUUCAAGAGAAGCUGGACACUUAGUUGAAACUUCUUGUACAAUUUUAGAUUUAAAGGGAAUAUCAAUCACUUCUGCUUAUAAUGUUAUUGGUUAUGUUAGACAAGCUUCUAAAAUUGGUCAAGAUUAUUAUCCAGAAAGAAUGGGUAAAUUUUAUUUAAUAAAUGCUCCAUUUGGAUUCUCAACAGCUUUUAAAUUAUUUAAACCAUUUUUAGAUCCAGUUACUGUUUCAAAAAUUUAUAUUUUAGGUUAUAGUUAUUCAAAAGAAUUAUUAAAACAAAUACCUCCUCAAAAUUUACCAAAAAAAUUUGGUGGAUUUGAUGAUGUUACUGAUGAUGAAUUAUUAUUAAAAGAUGUUGGUCCUUGGAGAGAUCCUAAAUAUAUUGGACCAGAAGGUGAAGCACCAAGAUCAUAUGACAUAUAA